AUGGAAACGGUUUUGCAACCAAAGGCGAGGCCAUUUGAGUCUUUAAAAAGAAAACGUUUCAGAGAAUGGUUAAGGCCGUCAACUGCGCGUGGAUCUCUUAUACAAUCUGACACGUUGAAUUUACAUGAAUUCUCACAAUCUAAUUGCACCAACCCAUUUUCCGAUUCAAAUUCUGUUCGUGGUCUGCUGGUCACAACACCAACCAAAUAUAAGUGUCAGGAUGAAGGGAACAUUUUCUCCCGAGGAGAGAACAAAUUUGAAACGUUGUUUAGUAAUAGAAAGUUUUAUGAGUUCAAAGAUAAUUUGAAAAGAGGAUUCAAGAAAAUGCGUCAUCGAAAAAACGAAAAUGAGAACGAAAAUAAAUGCUCUACAGACGGAAAGAUUGCAAAACUGGAUUCAGAUAAUUUUGAGAAAUCCGAAGAUUAUACACCUUGCUUUAACAAAUUCAGUACAAAGCCGCAAGAUUUUGAAACGCAAUUCGAUUAUGCAAAUAAAAAUCAAGGUUCUAAUAAGACUUACCUAGAUAAUGAGUCCUGUUGGAAUUUAAGUGAAAGAUUGAUUCCUUUUAAUAAUUUGAAGUAUGAAGACUUGAAACAUUUUGAAGAGAACUUGCAAAGCUUAGCUCCUGUAACCUUUACCCCAAUUGAGUCAAACGAAUCGCUUGUUGGGUCAGAUUCUACACGUGGCACGAAAAGAAGCAUUCGCAACGAUUCUAGCGAUAUUGCUUCCGAAAAAAGGAUAUGCUUGAAGCAAUACUUAAAUGAACCAAGGUCUGAUGACUCUAUGGAAAGCACACCCUCCAUAUACAUUACCAAGGAAGUUCAACAAAGAAUUGAAGUUUUAAGCUCCACAGAUUCAUUUUUCAUUGAGAAAGUAGAUUUUACUUCUAAUAGUAAAGCUGACGCCAGUAUUUCUGAUGACAAAAGCUAUCAUGAUUCCAUACAAAUGGACGAAGAACCUAUAAGUAAUGUUAAUAGUGGGAACGAAAAAAACAUUGACAUUGCUGACCCUAAUAGCAAUGCAGAAAGCGCAGCUGAAAAGCCAACGGAGGUAAGCUCAGUCUUAAAGGAUAGGGAUAUAGACGCUGCGAGUAGUAGCUAUUCAGAUGAAGCGGGGACAACCCCUGAAGUGAUUGAUUCAGACGAAAUUUCUGACUUAUCCGGAACGAGUUCAAGUGAUGGUAGCAAAGUUUACACCAUCCCAACUUUUCGAGGCCUUAGCAAGCAAGUAAACAUUUCCCAAAUUCUUUCAAACUUUAAGAAAGAGAGUUUGACUCAAGACAAGUUAACACAUUUAAUCAAAAAUCAUCAAAAUAAGAAGAAGCGCAUAGGAUUCAAAAAUAAAAAAUUCUACGAUGCCUUCAAUCCGUAUCUUGACAGCCAAGAGGAGAUUGAAUUGGCUGACAUUGAAAAUACCUCACCAGUUGAUAUAGAUCAAGAUAUUAAGGAUAGCAGUACUUCCAGUGUAAGGUUUGAUCAUAACUCGCAUCUGUUGAUUUAUAAGAAGUCUAAGAAGUCGAGCAGAGGUGGGAGUCAGGGUAGUUAUGUGACCGCUGGAACAAGGUCAAUCUUAAAGGCAAAGAAAAAUUUUCAGCAUGAUGAGGAAUCUCAAAGAGCUUCAAAGUGUGAUACAGUGGGGGUUGCUCAGUUUUUACAUUAUUUCCAAUACACAGAGUAUAAAAGGCAAAGGAAUGAAGCUGAAAAUUAUAGACUAAGAGGAGAACAAUUGAGCAAAUACUAUUCUGAAGAAUAUCCUCCUGAUAUUUUGAGCGUGGAGGGUGAUAACUCCAUCAAUGAUAAAUCAGAGAUUAUCUCAAGUAUGAGAGCCACAGAAAGAAAUAUUGGUAGACAAUUGAAAGGAGUAGGCAGUCAAGGAGCACAAAUUAUUUCGCUUGAUGAGGAUGUACUGGGCUCAAGUGAAAAAAAUCUGUUUACAGAUAUUACUCCAUAG